AGGGUUUUCACUGACGAGCAGCGGCAUUUCUCCCACCGUCAGCGAGCUUGAAAUCCUGCCUCCCACCGCCCAAAACAGGGAAGGAAGCAGCACAAGGAAUUCGAAAUGGCGAGGAUUAAGGUGCACGAGCUGAGGCAGAAGAACAAGGUGGAUCUGCAGGCGCAGCUUAAUGAUUUGAAGGCGGAGCUUGCGUUGCUGCGCGUGGCCAAAGUGACCGGCGGCGCUCCGAACAAGCUGUCGAAAAUCAAGGUUGUCAGGCUCUCCAUUGCCCAGGUGCUGACCGUGAUUUCUCAGAAGCAAAAAGCUGCCCUGAGGGAAGUGUACAAGAACAAGAAGUUCUUGCCACUUGAUCUCCGCCCUAAAAAGACACGCGCCAUCCGUCGCCGCCUCACCAAGCACCAGUCAUCUUUGAAGACACUAAAAGAGAAGAAGAAAGAUAUGUAUUUCCCCAUGAGGAAGUAUGCCAUUAAGGUGUAAGUGAGCUUGUGCUUCGGCUUGGAGGUAUUAUUUUUGUACUCAGUUUUCUGAUCUCAAACACAUUUUUCGAUGCUUUGUCCCGAUCAAAUUUUAAACUUGCAGUUAAUUUAGUUUCUGUUGUCUUAGACAUGAAAUUGAGUUUCGUUUUCCCUUUUUUACUUACUGAUUUGCAUUUCUUAGUAUUAUA